AUGUCCGACACGAAGCGCCGUCGCUCUCGCUAUUUCAGCCAAGACAGGCGCAGCUCAACAAUUACGCGCUGCUUGCGGAAACUCAUCGAAUCGCACGAAGAGACUGAAGACGAAGAUGACAACAAGCGUGAAGAGCCCAUCAAGCCAGAGCAUGGCGAGCCAGGCUGCCUGCGAAAGCUCAUCCAGCAGUGUGGAGAGAAUGGAGACGAAGAUGACAAUGAGUUCGACUCAUCUACGUCUCUUGACGACGACGAGGAGCAUGAGCAUGCCAGCGAAGACGAGGAUGGCAAUGAGCCCGAGGAUAAUGGGAACGCCGACGAAGACGAGGAUGACAAUGAGGUCCACGAGAUCAUCAGAGAAAGCAUUGUCAUUGAUGGUGACAGUAAGGAGGACCAGGACGACGGCGGGGAGGAGGAUGAGGACAACGACAAUGGCCCUGAUGCCAUCUUCCUUGAUGACGAUGGUCCAGAGACCAUUGCUAUUGACGACGACAGCGACCCUGAAGGUGGUAACGCUCGCGGCUACAAUACUGACACGAGUCUCGAGAUAAGCCAUGGGUUAGCUGUCGACGAUGAACUUGGUGCCGAGAGCAACGACGAGCACUCGAAGAAGCUUCUCCAGCAGGCAAGGAAGCAUACAACCCAGCUGUAUUGCAGGUGCUGGGCAAGGGAUGGAACAGGCAGAAGUACGAAGACGCAGAUAGUCAUUCAUGGCAGAAAGAUUGACAUAAGGCCAGCCGAUUCCAUCCAGAGUGACAUCCAUAUGCUGCAGGCAAUAUCAUGCAACCUUGAGACCCGGCACUAA